AUGAACUCUGGCUUUACCGGCACUUAUGAUCCUACGGAGAUGUCUGGUCGCGGGCCCAUGUUUAACAAACGACGAUUUGGUGUGCCACAGUUUUAUCCCCGAGACCUGAAAAGGCGGGUAGACGACUACGUUGUCGGCCAGGACCGGGCAAAGAAGACAAUAUGCUCCACCAUAUUCAAUCACUAUCAGAAUCUGCGCCGAAGAUAUCAGCACAUGCAUGAGGAGGAAAAUUUACGCGAAAAAUCUAUGCGACAGCGGUUCGCCCGUGAUCGAGAGCUGCACCAGAAGCGUCGUGAAGCUCACCCUGUUGAUGACGAGUUUCCUGGACAUACAGAAUCUGUUCGAGAGCUUUACGAAAGCGACAAGUAUGAAGCUCCGUCGCUAGAUCACUUAUACAUCACCGAGGACCAAGCGUCCGGCGACCCUGUCAAAAUCGACAAGAGCAACCUGCUCUUGAUAGGACCUACUGGUGUGGGGAAAACAUACAUCCUAGAAACUCUAAGCAAGAAACUUCAAGUCCCCUUUUCCAUCUGUGAUUGCAACUCUCUAACGCAGGCUGGUUACAUUGGUCAAGAUGUUGAAACAUGUGUGGAGAGGCUUCUUAUAGAGGCAAAUUACGACGUCAAAGCUACAGAGUACGGCAUUAUUGUAUUGGACGAAUUCGACAAGCUUGCCAGGCGAGAAACUUCUACAGGACGAGAUGUGGGUGGCGAAGGUGUCCAGCAAGCCUUACUGAAGCUUGUAGAAGGCGCCAAAGUCACCAUCAAUGUCAAGGAUAACCGAUCCUCUCGAUCUGCGCCGCCGAUUACAACAAAUUACACUGCGGGCGGCUCAUCUAGCAGCACAGCUCAGGCUGCACCCCCGGCCGCCAAACUGGACCAGUACACCAUCGACACUACCAACAUUCUUUUCGUUUUCUGCGGCGCUUUUGUUGGACUAGAUAAGAGCGUCAUUCAGAGGGUUGCCAAACCCACUAUGGGAUUUGGCGGCGAAAUUAAGGGGCGCACCACGCUCUCUGGUGAGCAACAGGCUCUACCUUCUGGACUUUACAGACACUUGGCCCACCAUGACUCUACUUCGAAGUUUACGCCGAUGGAUCUUGCUACCCCUGCUGACUUGCAAAAAUUCGGUUUCAUUCCUGAGUUGAUUGGACGACUGCACAACAUCUGCGCUCUGAGCCCACUAUCAAUGGAAGAUCUUUAUCGAAUUUUGACGGAGCCGCGCAACAGUCUUGUAGCGCAGUACACAGCACUUUUUGAAACAUAUCCGUCCCGCCUAUACUUCACAGAAAAGGCACUCUAUGCUAUUGCCAACAGAGCAUCGCAUUCUGGCACAGGAGCCCGUGGGCUGAAGAUGGAAAUGGAGCGGAUCCUGGGCGAACCCAUGUUUGAUGCGCCUAUGCCUUAUGUACUCAUUACUGAAGGCUGCGUCAACGGCACAGAAAAGGCGGGUUACUGGGCCAAGGAUGGGCGGUUCGAAGUGGAUAGACGAAUGGAAGAAGAGCAGCUCAAUCGCAGUGCUGAGCCCAUGGCCACCCUCGAACACCCACGAGAAGCCGGGCAAAGUGGUGGUUGA